GGAGCGUGAUCAUGUCCGCUGUAGGCGUAGUGCCGCUCAUAGCCAUCCGUAGCCGACGACCGAAGAUCUCACUGAAUCUGAUUUUGACUUCUUCCACACACACAGUCUCCUCGAUGGCAGACCUAUCUACAACCCUCCCACUGAUACCUGAGUCAGUACACAGAGCGCAUGAGAAGAUCAAACCGUACAUACACCACACCCCCGUCUUGACUUCUCGAUCGAUCAAUCAGAUCGCUUCUAGCUCAAAAGACCAUGCUGGACCCAGAUUCAACAUCUAUUUCAAGUGUGAAAACUUGCAGCGGAUCGGGGCGUUCAAAGCGAGAGGAGCUUUCCAUGCUAUCCUACAUCUGAUCGAUGAAUUGGGUAUCGAGCAAGUCAGGCGUCGAGGUGUCGUCACUCAUUCUUCAGGAAACCAUGCUCAAGCACUGGCGCUCGCUGCGUCAGAGUUUCAGAUCCCAGCACAUAUCGUCAUGCCUACCAUCUCGACGCCGUCAAAGAUAGCAGGUACCCAAGCGUACACUUCCCACAUCUACUUUUCCGGUUCCACAAGUCAAGAACGAGAAGCUGUGGUGGAGGGCGUCAUCCGAAAGACGGGAGCCAUCCUCGUACCGCCUUACGACCAUCCAGAUAUCAUGUUAGGGCAAGGCACAUCCGCUCUGGAGCUAUACGAGCAGUAUUCAGGUGGGAAAGACCAGGGACUCGAUGCUGUUCUCGUACCGUGUGGUGGAGGUGGUCAACUAUCCGGGAUAGCGACGUUUUUCGCCGACAAGCCGACCUUGGUGUUUGGCUGUGAGCCGUCUUAUCAAGGUGGAAAUGAUGCGGAACGAGGGCUCUCAGCAGAUCCACCUGAACGAAUUGAAUCAGUCAAAACGUUGACCAUCGCAGAUGGAUUACGGACACCGCUUGGCGUACAUCCAUGGGCAGUCUUGACCAGCAGUACAGAAACCAAGGGCAAGCUAGUCGAGCGCGUGUUCAGUGCUUCUGAAGACGAGAUCAAACAGGCUUUACGAUUGGUCUGUGAACGACUCAAAGUCUUUGUCGAACCUUCCGCCGUGGUACCUCUUGCAGUAGUGCUGUACAAUCAAGAUUUCAGGCGCUUUGCGGCGGAAAGACAGCAUGGAGAAGUUUGGGAAAUAGGAAUCAUCCUAUCGGGUGGCAAUACCACUAUUGACGCUAUAGUGGGCAUGUUCGGGAGGGACAAAACGGAGAAUGCGGAAAGGGCGGAAGGCAAGGUGGGACUGGACGGUACGAGGGAUAUCGAGAACGUAGCGGGGUAGACAGACCAAGCUCAAGGCGACCGAAGGUGCAGGUGCAUGCCCAUUAUCGACUUGUCGGGAAGCACACACGCGCCAUGGCCAGAAGCUUACAUGGGUUCUAG